UGACAUCAUUUCCUGCUUGUUGCUUUUCACUGGGAUAACAGAGGGCAGGGAGGGGCUGCUGGGUUAGCAAAUGUGCUUUCUGCCCAGGAGAGAGAGACAUCCAUAUACAAGUCCUUGCUGCAAAUAUAUUUGAAAUACUAUAUAGUACCAGCUGAGCCUCCUCCUCCGUAGGGACCAGUCCAGCCCUACGUGAAGACUUCAGGAAGCAUGGGAGUCACCUGGAUGAUCUCACGGCUGCCUAUUCAGACUGCACUGAUUCUUGCUGGGAGUGUACCGUGGCAGCUUCUUCAGCCUGUGCUCCUCGUUGGUGUUUGAGCUGCUGGUGCUGUCUUACUGUUCGAGCCAGCAGCACGCUGCUGCACCACCCGCUUGGUCAUCGUCACUGUGUCUCAGAUGCCUGUGGCAGAGGGGAAGAGCGUCCAGCAAACAGUUGAAAUCCUAACAAGGAAAUUGGAGCUGCUGGGAGCAGAGAAACAAGGAACAUUUUGUGUAGACUGUGAGACCUACCACACCGCUGCCUCCACCAUGGGCAACCAAGGGCAGGCUGGCAAGCUGAUGUACGUGAUGCAUAACUCUGAAUAUCCCCUCAGCUGUUUCGCUCUCUUUGAAAACGGCCCCUGCCUCAUAGCAGAUGCCAACUUUGACGUCCUGAUGGUGAAACUGAAAGGCUUUUUCCAAAACGCCAAGGCAAACAAGAUAGAGAGCCGGGGUACACGGUACCAGUACUGUGACUUCUUGGUGAAGGUUGGCACUGUUACCAUGGGGCCCAGUGCCCGGGGAAUAUCUGUGGAGGUGGAAUACUGCCCAUGUGUGGUAGCCAACGACUGCUGGAACCUGCUCAUGGAGUUCAUGCAAAGCUUCAUGGGGAAUCACACUCCUGGAAUCCCAUCCGUGUUUGGCAACAAGCACGACAGCAUCUACAGCCCAGGUGACACAAUGGCUCAGUACAUGGAACUGUUCAACAAGAUCCGCAAACAGCAGCAGGUGCCUGUAGCUGGGAUCAGAUGAAGAAGAUUCCAGGAGACUUUCUUUUUAAAGUGACAAUAUCCUCUUUUUUCUGAUUGUCCUCAUGGAUAAGGAAUCCCAGCCCUUUGCUCAGUACCAUUCAUCUCCAUAUAGCAGGGGUAGAAUCAAUUUUUCCUACCUCCAAACUUGGUCUAAAAUAUAGAGUGUGUUUCAUCCCUUAUUCAGUGGUUAGCCCAUUGGCGCUGGUGUGUCUCAGUGCAACAGCAAUGCUUGAUUUCUGAUGGUAAAUGUUCUUCUGCAGAAGGAUAAAGUAGAAAACCCAGCUAUGUGCACAUACAGGCAGGGUUUUAUUGUCCCUCAUUUUCCGUAGCGGUAGGCUGGUGAAUGUGGGUUUUGGGGAUAUUCGUAUGGAAACAUUUUGGUACCACUUUAAUAAUAAUUAAAAAAAGGCUUAUUUUCA